AUGGAGGCGCGCUCGUGAUCGUCGUUCGGCGCGGAGCGCGCGCCCGGGCUUAUAUAACGAGGGCAGCGGCUGCGGCGGCAUGGCCGCGCGCGUGUCCGUCGAGGGCGCCGGGCCCUCGUACGCAUCCGUGCUAAACUUUCGGGGAGCCGAAAGUAAUAAGGAGAACAUUGAGGCGCCUCCGCCGGGGGAGGUGCCGGAGGUGGUGGUGCGGCAGGUGGAAGUUGAGGAGGAGGAGGGCUUCGUGCCCGUGAUAGCGCACGGGCGGAGGCCGGGCAAGCCGCGGCGCGAGCGGGAGCGCCGAGCGCCGCCGCGGCCGCACAAGGCAGGGCCUCAGCCGCCCACAGACCCCCAGGCGCCGCCGAACCCUGACCAACCGCAGCAAGAAGAUGAUGAUCAGCCUAAGAAAUUUGUUGAAGCACCCAUCCCAAAGGUCAACCCCUGGCAGGUGCGAGGGGGCAGCACCGGAGCCCCGCCGCCGGCGCCUCCGGCGUUAGAAGAGAAGAGGUCACCGCUGCAGCCCCAGCAGCAGGGAAGGGCGCAGCCCCCGCCGCAACCGGCGCCUGUUGUUCAACCACCGCCGCCCAAGCCCGCCAUCGUGAAAGCGCCCAAGAUACCGAAGGUCAACCAAAAGGCAUCAGACUUCACGGACAUCGGCGACUGGCCGACGCUAGGCGCUGCGGUGGCCGGCGCGGCGCGGUGCCACUCGACCCCCCCGCCGUCUGACGCCGAGACGUCGCACCACAACGGCAACGCGGACCAGGAACGCAAGCCGUUAGAAGAGCACCAACCGAAGGUUGAGAAGGUGGAGCCCACGCAGAACCACCAGCAGCACAACGACAAGCACCACGACAAGCACAACGACAAGUCUAAGGCCGCAGCAGGUGGAAAAGGUCCCCAUAAGUCCGGCAAGCAUAAAUGGGUGCCGCUCGAUAUCGACGUCAAGGCGGCGCGACCGGGCAAGCAUGGCCCGCCACACGCCGUAAGACCUGAUAAUGACACGGUGUCCCUGAACGGCGAGGAGCGGCGCGGCUCGCUCCGCGCCCGGGGCGCCGGGGGCGCGGGGGCGCGGGGCGUGGCUCGCGGGGCGCGGCGCGCGCCGCCCCGCCCCGCCUCCGCCCUGCCCGCGCCCGUGCACGUCUUCCACCACGACUACCACCAUGACCUGCAGCAGCUCCGCGUGGCUCAGCCAGCAGUCGCACAGGGCCUGGUGCUGCACUACGGAGGGAUAGGGCUCCCGCCGCCGCCGCUAGCGGCCCCGCUGGCGCAGGCCUUCUACUACGGCGCUGCGCACGCCACCAGCGCGCCCUACGGCCUAGGGCUCGACCAGGCAACGUUGAAGGACCUCAUUAAGAAGCAGAUCGAAUACUACUUCAGCCCCGACAACUUGGCGCGCGAUUUCUUCCUCCGCCGCAAGAUGGCCGCCGAUGGCACCAUCCCCGUCACGCUCAUCGCGUCCUUCCACCGCGUGCGCGCGUUGACACCCGACGUGGCGCUCGUGCUAGACGCCAUACGCGACUCCGACAAGCUGCAGCUCGUGAACGGGUUCAAGAUGGCGCCACCGUGCCGUCACACCGCCUCCUCCCGCCGCGUGCGCGCGUUGACACCCGACGUGGCGCUCGUGCUAGACGCCAUACGCGACUCCGACAAGCUGCAGCUCGUGAACGGGUUCAAGGUAACACGAGAUGGCGCCACCGUGCCGUCACACCGCCUCCUCCCGCCGCGUGCGGGCGUUGACACCCGACGUGGCGCUCGUGCUAGACGCGAUACGCGACUCCGACAAGCUGCAGCUAGUCAACGGGUUCAAGGUAACACGAGAUGGCGCCACCGUCCCCGUCACACCGCCUCCCGCCGCGUGCGGGCGUUGACACCCGACGUGGCGCUGGUGCUAGACGCCAUCCGCGACUCCGACAAGCUGCAGCUCGUGAACGGGUUCAAGAUGGCGCCACCGUCCCCGUCACACCGCCUCCCGCCGCGUGCGGGCGUUGACACCCGACGUGGCGCUGGUGCUAGACGCCAUACGCGACUCCGACAAGCUGCAGCUAGUCAACGGGUUCAAGGUAACACGAGAUGGCGCCACCGUCCCCGUCACACCGCUUCCCGCCGCGUGCGGGCGUUGACACCCGACGUGGCGCUCGUGCUGGACGCCAUCCGCGACUCCGACAAGCUGCAGCUCGUGAACGGGUUCAAGGUAACACGAGAUGGCGCCACCGUGCCGUCACACCGCCUCCCGCCGCGUGCGGGCGUUGACACCCGACGUGGCGCUCGUGCUAGACGCCAUACGCGACUCCGACAAGCUGCAGCUCGUGAACGGGUUCAAGGUAACACGAGAUGGCGCCACCGUGUCCGUCACACCGCCUCCCACCGCGUGCGGGCGUUGACACCCGACGUGGCGCUCGUGCUUGACGCCAUCCGCGACUCCGACAAGCUGCAGCUCGUGAACGGGUUCAAGAUGGCGCCACCGUGCCGUCACACCGCCUCCCGCCGCGUGCGGGCGUUGACACCCGACGUGGCGCUCGUGCUAGACGCCAUACGCGACUCCGACAAGCUGCAGCUCGUGAACGGGUUCAAGGUAACACGAGAUGGCGCCACCGUCCCCGUCACACCGCCUCCCGCCGCGUGCGGGCGUAACACGAGAUGGCGCCACCGUCCCCGUCACACCGCCUCCCGCCGCGUGCGGGCGUUGACACCCGACGUGGCGCUCGUGCUGGACGCCAUCCGCGACUCCGACAAGCUGCAGCUCGUGAACGGGUUCAAGAUGGCGCCACCGUGCCGUCACACCGCCUCCCGCCGCGUGCGGGCGUUGACACCCGACGUGGCGCUCGUGCUAGACGCCAUACGCGACUCCGACAAGCUGCAGCUCGUGAACGGGUUCAAGGUAACACGAGAUGGCGCCACCGUGUCCGUCACACCGCCUCCCACCGCGUGCGGGCGUAACACGAGAUGGCGCCACCGUCCCCGUCACACCGCCUCCCACCGCGUGCGGGCGUUGACACCCGACGUGGCGCUCGUGCUGGACGCCAUACGCGACUCCGACAAGCUGCAGCUCGUGAACGGGUUCAAGGUCCGAACAGCGUUCGAGCCGACAAAAUGGCCGCUGCUUGACAUAAUGAUGAACGAAGACACACCGACCGACAAGAAAUCAGACGACAAACAGAAAGAGGAGAAGGAGCCCAAGGAAGCACAGAAGAGCGUAGAAGAGAAGGACGCACAGAAGGCGCCCAGUAUAGGCGGGCAGGCGGAAAUGGUUGAGACUAAAAAACCGGAACCAGCGCCCGAGACCAAACCAGAGCCCUCUCCAGAAACUGAGAAGGCCGCUGAGGGUACGAAAGAGACGGACGCUAAGCAGAGCGAGACGAAGGAUAAGGACGACAAGCGGGACAACGAAGACCCGCCGCUGCAGCAAGAGGGAGAAGAGAAACCGGGCGAGAAACGUCGCAAGAAGCAGAUGGUGGGGAUCUUCCCGCUGGCCACGAUGGGCGGCCCGCUCGUGGCGCCCGUGUCCAGCCUGCUGCGGGCCGUGCCGCCACCGCCCCUGCCCAGGAUGUUCCGGACGCGCGGCGCGGGCUCCCCGCCGGCGCACGACCCGCUCAACCCCGACGUGGCAGAGUUCGUGCCGCAGCGCAAGACAGAAGAACCUAGCGAGAAGCCGGAAGGCGGGUCGAGACAGACCUCCGGAGCAGGCAGCCCCAGCUCCGAGAGAAGCGGACCGGACGUGUGGACCGAGGUACGUGUAAUGUUUGAUGUAACUAAUACUUCGUUCUCGGUGAAGCGGAGGUCGAAGGCCGCCAGCCGCGAGCGGAGCGCCCCCGCGCCCGCGCCGGAGGCGCCGCAGCGCGAGGAGCUGCACUUCCAGCUCGACGAGGAACUCGACCUGCCGCCGCCCAGGCACAACACCUUCACCGACGGUGACGCCUGGUCGGAUUCGGAAUCGGACUUCGAGCUGUCCGACCGCGACGUGGGUCGGCUGCUGAUUGUGACGCAGACGGGCGGCCGCGCGGUCAAACACGACGGGCACGACCGCCAGGGUGACUGGAACACCCGCACCAAGAUCUCGCAAGAUCUCGAACAGGUCAUAACUGACGGACUGAGGCGUUACGAGGAGGAUUUGUGGAACGACACGGAUUAUACUUCGUCCCACGGCAGCCUGGGCUCGCACUACCGCACGGUCUCGCUCAUCACCCGCGAGCAGUUCGAGGCCACGCAGCCCCACGAGCGGCACUUCAACCCCGAGCAGCCGCCGCCGCCGCCGCCGCGGCCGCAGAUGGUCGAGCAACAGGAGCAAGGCAGCAAAGCGAAGAGGCCGCGCCGCACGGCCCGCUUCUACGCCGCUAACAAGGACCCACACGCCACUGAUGUUAUCACUAGCCGCAAGCACAAGACCAGGCACAGCCUCAACCCGCCCGUGGAGCACCACGUGGGCUGGAUCAUGGACAUCCGCGAGCACCGCGCCAGGACGCACAGCACCGGAUCGUCAUUGGGAACGUCACCGACGCUGGGGUCCUCUUGCGGGUCAGUGCCACAGUCGCUGCCGACGUUCCACCACCCAAGCCACGGCCUGCUCCGCGAGAACCACUUCACUCAGCAGGCCUACCACAAGUACUACUCGCGCUGUCUCAAAGAGCGUAAGAAACUUGGCAUCGGGCAGUCGCAGGAAAUGAACACGCUGUUCCGGUUCUGGUCGUUCUUCCUCAGAGACCACUUCAACAGGACCAUGUACAACGAGUUCAGGACGCUAGCGAACGAGGACGCGGCAGCCGGCUUCCGGUACGGACUGGAGUGCCUCUUCCGGUUCUACUCGUACGGCCUGGAGCGCAAGUUCCGCCCCGAGCUCUACCAGCACUUUCAGCACGAGACAGCCACGGACUACGAGCGAGGUCAGCUGUACGGCCUGGAGAAGUUCUGGGCGUUCCUGAAGUACUACAAGCAUGCCGGAGCCCUACAGGUGGAGCCCAAGCUGCAAGGCUACCUCGCCAAGUUCAAGAGCAUCGAGGACUUCCGAGUGCUGGAGCCGCAGCUGAACGAGCUGCUAGCGGCCCAAGGGCCCGCAGCCCCGGGCCGCGGGCCGCACGCGCGCCCUUACGACCGCCACCGCUCCGUGUCCGAGAGCGAGCGCAACCACGCCAGCAGACCCUUCAGCCGUCCAGCACCGGCCAACAACAGCAACAGCAACAACAAUCGCGGCCGCGCCGGCUCCUGCGGCUCCCAGAGCGUUGUCGCCAACGCGCGCCCGAGACGUGACAACAACAACCGCGGCCGCGCCGGCUCCUGCGGCUCCAAGAGCGUCGUCGCCAACGCGCGCCCGAGACGUGAGUACACACACACAUACACACACGCACACACACACACACACAACAACAGCAACAACAACCGCGGCCGCGCCGGCUCCUGCGGCUCCCAGAGCGUCGUCGCCAACGCGCGCCCGAGACGUGAGUACACACACACACUUACACGCACACACACACACAACAACAGCAACAACAACCGCGGCCGCGCCGGCUCCUGCGGCUCCCAGAGCGUCGUCGCCAACGCGCGCCCGAGACGUGACAACAACAACCGCGGCCGCGCCGGCUCCUGCGGCUCCCAGAGCGUCGUCGCCAACGCGCGCCCGAGACGUGAGUACACAUACACACACGCACACACACACACACACACACACAACAGCAACAACAACCGCGGCCGCGCCGGCUCCUGCGGCUCCCAGAGCGUCGUCGCCAACGCGCGCCCGAGACCCCCGCCAAAAAUCAAGCCAGACUCCGCGGCCGCUCCCGCCCCGCAGUGA